UGCCGCUCGCUGCCUCGCGUUCCAGCUCCAGCAGUGAGAUGGAAACAAAGUCAACCAGAGCACCACCACCAUUCCAUCCGCCACACAUGGAGCAGCACGGCGUCCACGGCUUCUACCUGUACAGCGACUACGCCGCCGCCGCCGCGACGUCGUCGUCGUCGUCGUCCUCCUCCUCCGACUCGCUCCCGUUCGGCACGGGCUGCUGCGGCGACGAGGUGCCCGAGCCCGCCGUGUCCGGCUACUGGCGGCGCCGAGCGGAUGCUGCCGAGGUCUCGGCCGCGGGGGCAUUCAUCGGGGUGCGGAGGCGGCCGUGGGGGAGGUUCGCGGCGGAGAUCCGGGACUCCACGCGGAACGGCGCGCGGGUGUGGCUCGGCACCUUCGACAGCGCCGAGGCCGCCGCGAUGGCCUACGACCAGGCGGCGCUGUCCGCGCGGGGGCCCGGGGCCGCGCUCAACUUCCCCGUCGAGCGCGUGCAGGAGUCGCUCCGCGCGCUCGCGCUGGGCGGCGGCGGCGCCUCCGGCGCCGGCGCCGCCGCCUCCGCGGCGGGGUCGCCCGUGCUGGCGCUCAAGUCGCGGCACUCCAAGAGGAAGCGCCGGAAGAAGUCCGAGAUCGCGGCGGCGGCGGCGGCGGCGGCUGCGAACGGCGCGGUGGCGCCGGGCAGGAGCAGGAGCAGGAGCAGGAGCGCCGCGGCGGCGGCCGAGCAGCAGCGGUUCGUCGUGGAGCUGGAGGACCUCGGCGCCGACUACCUGGAGGAGCUCCUCAGGAUCUCCGAGAGCUAAGUAGUGAUCGCUUAGCUCGAUGAUGCCUGUGCAAAAUUCCAACUUCCAAGGUAGUAGCUGGCUUCUUGCUUGGGGGGUCAAUGCAAUGCCCAAGCCUCCUUGGAUGGUAUUUGCGACACUGAGGGCCAUCUCAUUUCAAAAGUUUUGUGAUUUAGUGCGAAUUUGAACUAAAUCCCAAAACUUUUGGACAAAAUUAAGACCUCCAAUCGGAACAAAAAAGAAAAGAAACUUGUGAGUUCACUUUGAGCACCUCUUGGAAUGAAUCCAAUGUGCACUCAGAUCGGAGCCUGCUAUUUUGCUACCAUAUGCAGAAACUUGUUGUACAGUAGCCACUUCCAUACAAGUGACAAGUGAGCAAUUUGAUGACCACUUUCUACUGUAGCUCAUCAGGGGGGUUGCAUGUUCUGUGAACUGGGGACUGCACUGGGAUUGGCCCGUAUAUGCCACCCUAGAUGCAUGCAUCUCCCUGCUUUCUGCAUGGAUUAGACAAUAAUCCAGCCAUCUGUGGAAUAUACAAAAAAAAAAGUUGCCCAGCUUUUCACUGGCAUGUCACUCUA